AUGGAGGGAAAGAGGUUGAGAUCCCAAUCACAGUCACAGAGCAUCGAUGUACUCACAAAAAUCAAAGAAUUCACUCGAGCUUUGGUUUCAGACAUCACCAACGGACGCUCACCGCUCAUUCUCAUUGAUCGCUUCAGAAAUUACUGCUCCUUUCCUAACUCCAACUGCUUUUGUGGCUCCGAUUUGCCGUGUGGAAAGGAAGUUCUCACACUCUCUAAGGAAACCCAUGUACGCAGACUAGAUGUCAUGUUGAGAGUGCUGCUGAUUGUUCAGAAACUUUUGCAAGAGAACAAGCAUAGUUCCAAGAGAGACAUUUAUUACAUGCAUCCAUCUGUAUUUUUGGAUCAGUCAGUUGUAGACCAUGCAAUUAAUGAUAUGUGCGUCCUUAUGCAGUGCAGUCGCCAUAACCUUAAUGUGGUUUCUGCUGGGAAUGGGUUAGUUAUGGGCUGGAUAAGAUUUUUUGAAGGAAAAAGGAUAUAUGACUGUAUCAGUUCUCCCAACACUGCCCACCCUGUUCCUGUUCAUGUUGAAGAAGUUGAAGAUAUCGUUAGUGUUGCUCAUUACAUAUUGGUUGUCGAGAAGGAAUCAGUUUUCCAAAGACUAGCAAACGACCAGUUCUGCAAUGCAAAUCAUUGCAUCGUCAUCACUGGAAGAGGCUACCCAGAUAUUCCUACAAGAAGGUUUUUGCGGCUUCUAGUUGAGAAUUUGCACAUUCCUGUAUAUUGCUUGGUAGAUUGCGAUCCCUAUGGCUUUGACAUCCUAACCACUUACAAAUUUGGUUCAAUGCAAAUGGCUUAUGACACGAAACAUCUUCGUGUCCCUGAGAUCCACUGGCUUGGAGCUUUUCCUUCAGAUUCUGAAAGAUAUUUUGUUCCAAAGCAGUGUCUCCUUCCUCUGACUGCUAAAGACAAGAAAAAAAUUGAAGCCAUGUUGCUUAGAUGCUACCUGCAAAGGGAGGUGCCACAAUGGAGGGUGGAGCUAAAGCUCAUGCUGCAGAGAGGAGUUAAGUUUGAGAUUGAAGCGUUAUCUGUGCAUAAACUUUCAUUCUUGUCAGAUUCUUACAUACCAUCAAAAAUUCAACGUAAAGCGAUUAUCUAGCAUGUUGGA